AUGCAAGAUCACAAAAGGUACAAUGAUACUCACUUUCUUUUCCAAAUAAACAGUUACUCUACAAUAGCAUGGACAGCUUCCAUUCACAAGGGAGUCCAAAAGGGAGUUGAGUACAGCUAUCCUGCAUCCAGCAGAGCUGGAAAAGUUUUUGACUUCUUCACCGCCCUGGGGGAGGUGGCGUUUGCCUAUGCCGGACACAAUGUGGUGCUGGAGAUUCAGGCAACUAUUCCAUCAACAAAAGAGAAGCCCUCAAAGAAGCCCAUGUGGAAAGGUGUGCUUGUUGCCUACUUCGUUGUUGCAUUGUGUUACUUCCCCGUUGCUCUUAUAGGCUACAGGAUGUUUGGGAACCAAGUCGAGGACAACAUACUUCUGUCGUUAGAGAAACCUGCAUGGCUCAUAGCAGCAGCUAACAUGUUUGUGGUUAUCCAUGUUAUUGGAAGUUACCAGGUUCAGUUUUCAUUGCUUAUUGAAAUAUUUUCUCUUUUUCAACCACUUCUCGACCAGUAAACAGGAAUUCGAUUUUCUUACAUUGGAUCCCAUUCUCUGCAGAUUUAUGCCAUGCCAGUUUUUGACAUGAUCGAAACUAUGUUAGUAAAAACACUGAGGUUCAAACCAAGCUUUUGGCUUCGUUUCAUCUCACGCAACAUAUACGUAGGUAGUAUUACCAACCAAUCCCACACCCUCUCCCAAACUGAAGUAUUUGCUAGUUUGAAGUUCUCAUAUGUAAAAGUUUUAGCAACCUUAACUCUAAAUGUUUUCCCCAGCAUUUACUAUGUUCAUUGCUAUAACAUUCCCAUUCUUUGGUGGGCUGCUGGGAUUUUUUGGAGGUUUUGCUUUCGCCCCGACAACUUACUUUGUAAGUAAUUCUGAAACUCAGUUGUGAAUACUGCAUAAUUGGCUGAGUCUUCUAUUAUCUCUCUAUUUCAGUUGCCCUGUGUUAUGUGGCUGGCAAUCUAUAAACCUAAAAGAUUCAGCUUAUCUUGGUUCACCAAUUGGGUAAGUAAAGCACGAAGUCUAUAGCACUAAAAGUAGUAUGUCUAAUCAUCUGCUUUAUUUUCAGAUUUGCAUUAUUCUUGGACUUAUGUUGAUGAUACUCUCACCCAUUGGAGGCUUAAGAAAUAUAAUCCUGAAGGCUAAGGACUACGAAUUUUACUCUUAAGCACUUUCACCCCUUUCUCUAGAAUAAGGGUAAGAAUGUAGUAGCAACGAAUUCUGAUGGCUUUAAAACAUGAUUUAUGCACUGAAUGUGGAUAAAUAUGAAUUUUAAAGGGGAAUAUAGCAACCAAGAAAAGAAUUAAAUACCCAGGGUUCAUUUCAAAGUUGUAUUUUCUCCUUAUGAUUAAUAAAUAAGCCGUAUAGAAACCGAAACACUACUAUUAUGUUCCUCAAAAGUAGAAACAAUAAAACUUGAUUAAAAAUAGAAGGACUAAACCUGCACUCAGGAUAUUACGUAGGAUAUGCAAAGGGAAUUACUUCAUUAAUGCUUAGAGUGUAUAUUGUGCAUAAUGUAAAACAUGACAAACACACACACAAAUAGAUAUGCAUUUUACAAGACAAAAUUCUGAAAUGACAUGUUGGUUGUAGAACUAAUUGACCUCAGUAGGAAACAAUAACAACAACAACAACAUAUUAAAAACUUAGAUUUAAAAAAAAGGUGAAUCAAAAGAAUAAAGGUAAACCAACUCUCCACCAAGAAAAAGAAAGAUUCUCCUAAAAACCAUCAAACAAGAAUUUUUAAUCACUUGUAAUAAUUUAAGUUUGGUUACUCGCUCAUUCACAGGCCCUAUACAUCUAUUUCUUAUUUUCACCAGCAAGAAAAAUCAAAAUGCAUUAAAAACAUACAAGAGAAUAGAGCGCAUAAAACGGUGGAGGCAUAAGAUCAAACACCUUAGCUGCAAUGUCCACAUCCGAGCUCAUCGCGCUGGCCAUUAUAGUGGGCGAUGAAGAUGAGAUAGUGGAGAAUAGGCAAUGUAAUCCAAGACGAGAUUUUGCAAACGAGGAAAUUUGCCAUUUCCAGAGACAUUUUUUAUCGUUGCAAAUUUGAAAUAACAGUACUCCG